UAAUAAUUUGAUUUGUAACCUGCAAUCCAUAAGAUUCGAACUUACGGACCACAAUACCACCGGGUGGCAACUUCCAUCUGCAUUAUUAACUUCAUCAAAGAAGCUUUGUACACAAUCCAGCAGCCCACCCAACCCAAAAAGCCGAAAAGAAGAAACAGAAACUUUACAAGCAGCUGGCAAGCAAGCUGAAGCUGCUGCCGGAUUUGUCUAAUCAAAUUCAUCAAAUAUGCAAUGAAACAACUUUUAUUUCCAAAAUAUUGCAAAUUUGGUCCAACUACUGCCGGAAGCUGCAAACGUUUCUUACGUUUUUCUUCUUCUUCUUCUUCAUUGCCUUCCCACCCAAGGCACUUGGCCUCUCUCUUGCUCAAAAACCCAGCAAGCCGCGCAGCCACCCAGCAAAUCCACUCUCACAUUCUCUCCUCCGGCUUAUUCCUUUGUCAUAAUUUCACCUCCGCUUUUCUCCUACUCAUCAACACUCUCCUCCGCUGCUAUUCCUCCGGCCACUUCCCUCACGAAGCUUUCGCCUUCUACAAACAUGUCCGGCAGUAUUCUCAUUCCUUUGACUCCUUCACUUACUUCUUCCUUCUCCACGCCUCCAUUGCCUUAAACUCCGUAAUCCCAGGUGCCCAAAUCCAUGCCCUGACUCACAAACUAGGUUUUCAUUUCCAUGUCUACGUCCAAACUGCCCUGAUUAAUAUGUAUGUUGCUUGUGGCUCUUUGGUACUUGCUCUCAAUGUGUUUGAUGAAAUGCCGCACAGGAAUUCUGUCACUUGGAAUGUCAUGAUAACUGGUUUGGCCAAAUGGGGUGAGCUUAAAUUGGCUCGGUCUAUGUUUGAUCAGAUGCCGGAGCCUACUGUUGUGUCCUGUACUGCUAUUAUUGAUGUGUACUCGCGGAUGAAUCAACCCCAGGAGGCUGUGGCUUUGUUUCGGAGAAUGGUUGUUGAAGAUCUUAUUGUACCCACCGGAAUUACGCUUCUGGCCAUAUUCCCAGCGGUUUCUGUACUUGGGGAUCUUAAGAUUUGCCAAUCACUUCAUGCUUAUGGUGAGAAGAGAGGGUUUAAUGCAUCUGACAUACGUGUCGCAAAUUCCCUUUUGGACUCCUAUGCAAAGUGUGGCUGUAUAGAGAGUGCAUCAAGAUUUUUUGAUGAGAUACCUGCCCAAAGGAAGAAUUUGGUGUCAUGGACGUCCAUAAUAUCCGGUUUUGCAAUGCACGGAAUGGGGAAAGAAGCUGUCGAGAAUUUUUUAAGUAUGGAGAAAGUUGGUUUUAAACCAAAUCGAGUGACAUUCUUGAGUAUUUUCAAUGCUUGCAGUCAUGGAGGAUUAAUAGAUGAGGGGCUGAACUUCUUUGGGAAGAUGAUCAACGGGUAUGAAAUUGCAGUGGAUAUCAAACACUACGGGUGUUUAAUAGAUAUGCUAGGGAGGGCAGGAAGAUUAGAAGAAGCAGAAAAAAUGGCUUUGGAGAUUCCUUGCAAUAUUGUUAAUGUUGUGAUUUGGAGGACGCUUUUGGGUGCUUGUAGCUUUCAUGGUAAUGUGGAGAUGGGCGAGAGGGUGACGGAAAGGGUACUGGAGAUGGAGAGAGGAUAUGGAGGGGACUACGUGCUUAUGUCCAACAUCUUAGCUGGUGUUGGAAGGUAUAGUGAUGCCGAGAGAAUGAGAAGCUUGCUAGAUGAGAGGAACGCCUUCAAACUUCCAGGGCAUAGUUUGGUCUAACUGGUGUUGAAGAUGCACAACCAGGGUUGAGAGAGAUUAUAAAUGCUAUGAUAGCUCCUGCCACUGUUCGUGCUUCCUUGGAGAUAUCUUGUUUUGUAUGGAGCUCAUGUCGCUGCCCGUGGUCUUUCCUUCCACUCUCGUUUCAAAAUGGCCAGCCAUACUUGCCAUCGAACACUACAAUAUAGGGCUACCUGUGAGAUGGUGGGUAUUAUUAAUGUCUCAUUUCCCCUCCCCGACUUCAAAUUCUAACAAAAUCAAGGAAAUAUCAUAUAUGUUUAUUACUAAACCAUGAUGCCUCAAACUCCACUCUCUCUAGAAAGGGCUCUUUUGAAGACAUUGUAGGUAAUAUGAACUAAUGAAAGGGUGAUGCCAAGGAGAUCACAUUUUGUAAACCACAUUCGAACCAUCUCUCUAAUAGAGAAAGUUUGAUAGUCGGUAUACAAAAUGUGAUCUCCCUAGAAUUUUCCUUGAUGAAAAAAUGGCCUGCCAAAUAGAUGCUCAAUACCAAAGUUGAUAUGACUGACCAAAUCAUCAUUAAUAUAAAAUGUCUUAUUAGGAGUUCAUCAUAUGUCGUCCUUAGUUUAAGCCCGUUCUCGUGUUGAGUCGGUCAGCCUGACGUGUUGUAUUUGAGAUUUAAAUUUAUAUCGUAGCUGAUCAUGUACGUGUUUUUUGGUUCGUACAAGUUGGUGAUGUAUUGUUCUCGUGUUCAGUCAGACCAGCCCGACGUGUUGUACUUAAGAUUUAAAUUUAUAUCGUAGUUGAUCAU